UGUUGUGAGUUCAAACUCAGAUUUUCUUUGAUUUUUACACUUAAAAUAUAAUAUUUGAAGCCAGAGAUUUCUAUCUUUAUUAUUAAAUCAGGGGGGAAAUGAAUUGGCCAGGAAGCUCUUUCCAAUUGGCGACCAUAGUACCUCUGAUGUAGGACUGAAAUGAUUCCUUGAAUCACUCCACUCAAGUUAGGGCUUUGUUAAGAUCAACUAUACAGAGCAAUGUGUUUCACAGGGAUGGUUACUUCUGUGCAGUGUUUUCCCUACCAUAUGCGUUUUGCUGUCAAGAGCAAUGUCUCUGCUCUGCUGUAGUGUUCCUACAGAGUUUCUGUCUUUGGCACAAUCACACUGAAUGAACCCUUUAUGGUUUGUCUCAAAUGAAGCGCAAGGAAAUUACCUUACUGAUUCCGACUAUCUCUUUGGUGGCAGCCAUCUUGGUUUGUACAAAAUUGGGUUUGAUUAGGAUGUUGAUUGAAUGCUGCACAAUUUGUUGUUCUCAGUUGGAGUCAGGUGUUAAAAACAAAAAAAAAAAUAUUGAGGAUGAUGGUGAGGGAUAGUUAGUAUUUUGGACCAGGGGGUUGAGGCCGAUUGGUCACCCAUACACCCAGCCGCUCCACCACCAAGACUACCCCCUCAAGCUUUGGCUAGUCUCCAUGUGCAGGGCUCAGGGCCUUGGGAAUGAAUGGCGCCCGGCUCUGCUCCGUCUUUGAAGCCAGCCAGGAAUGCGAGGCCUCCUUUUUUUUUUGCUCCCCUCUCUCUGUCUCUCUGUCUCUCUCUCUCUCCCUCCCUCCCUCCCUCUCUCUCUCUCUCUCUCUCUCUCUCUCUCUCUCUCUCUCUCUCUCUCUCUCUCUCUCUCUCUCUCUGUUGUUCAUGCGACCGGCAGCACUAGCAGCUAUCUGCAGCAGUGAAAUAUUCCCUCCGCUGCGCUCAUUGUGCAUCCGAGAGCCGGACGUCAUCGGCUGGCCAAUCAGUUGCUCCCACUGGGCAGCCUGGGGGGGGGAGAAGGGACUCACUAGAAGUCUUCCCUCUAAUAUGUAGCUCUCCUGGUUACUCGGUCUGGUCCCUCUUUAGAGGAAGAAAGAUGUUCUGAAUAAGAAAUGAGGACAGAGAUCUUUCAACAAAUCCUUGUAAUGGUUAAAACUAAGGAAACUUUUUCUUUUUCAGAUGGAAAUCAGGAAAGUGAGCAGCGUAGACUCAAAGUUUGGGAGCUAACGAGCAGACCCUUUCAAGAUUCUUUGAAUAAACAGAAAGAAGUAAGGAAAAUGACCUAAUUAGCAGCAAGUGUGACAGGCAACCUUGUGCAAAUGUGUUGGUGGUAAUUCUCCCAGUUUCAUCCACGAGGAAGACACAUGCAUCAGAGCACAUACACAUACCACACAACUCCAAACUCUGCCCUUCCCUUCCUGCUAUCCUUCCCAGUCCUCCAUGGAUUCCUACAACUUCCACUUUGAGAGAAUGAGCAACGUGGACCUGCAUCCUCUGAGCCUGUCAGUCAGUCGGCUCUCCCCAGCCAAGUCCAACAGCAGCAUUGCUGACCAACUUGCCCAUCACCAACACGGCAAAGGAGACUCUGCUUAUAGCUCCUUCUCUGGAGGGUCUAAUGCCCCAGACUACCCCUCUCCCUUUCUCCCAGAAGACCUGCAGUCCAGCCACUUCAGCCACUAUGCUGAUCUUAAGUAUGUAAAGUCCAUCUACAACCCAACCCAGGUUCUCCAAUCUGACUCAAAGACCAUGGACCAGAUCUAUCGCUCUGUUGAAGCUAUCUCACAGCAGUAUCGCAAUAAUACCAAUAACAAUGUUAACCAUAGCAAUCAUCACGGUAAUAAUAGUCUCCACACCAACAACAAAGCACUAUCUAAGCAGGAUGCACCUAUUGAUCGUCCUCCUCCAGUCCCAACACGCCUGGAUAGUUUCAUUGCCACAAAAAACUUGGAGAACAGCAGGAUUCCCCAGCAAGACACUGAGUUUCGACCCCAGCAGCCAGAGGCAAAACAACAGCCCAGACCAACCAAUCGACUAGUUCCACAUCAACAGGGUCUGACUACCCCAAGACUUGAGGCGGCUAACCCAGAUACAGCAAACUUCAGCUUCAAUUCCGAGCCAGUGUUCUCCGUUUGGAGGGGCUCUCAUCAGCAGCAAACACAGGCUCAGCAGCUACCAAGCUACCAUCCCCACCUCCAGCCACAUGACCAGACCAGGGUGAACCAGCAGUUUAACCCAGAAUAUCUUUUCAUCACGGACAAAAAAUCUGCCUCUGAGCAGCAGAAGUCAACAAACAUUUUAAGCCGAGCCAUGAGCCAGCCUGACCACCUGAAGUCCAUACAGCUCCCCAGCAAGGCUGGGUGUAAUGGAAACCAUCCAAACAAGCCCAGUGGUAGCAGUAACCACUUUGAGAAUCAUCGCAAAAGGGCACACUCAGCUGACAAUUGGGUUAGCGCAGAGUCAACCCAAGCAGCAAGCCCCUGGAAUUCCAGACAGAGUUUUAUCAACAGCAGCAUUCAGCACAAGGGUCAAUUCUACUUUGUCACCGGAGUGUGUAAGCCGUCUGAAUCUGGUAUGAGGACACACUCUUCAUCAGUAUGUGGGUCUGAAACUGGGAGUGAGAGCUCCACUGUGUUGGAGACACACAGCCUAAGAGAAAAAGAACGAUCUCACAGCACAAUGGACAGUUUCUUUAGACCUCUCCAAGAGAGCUCUCGUUCUUCCAGUGGCAUGAUUUCAGAUGAGAAAGAGGCUUUCCAUUCUGUGCCCAGGUGUAAAGAGCUGUUCUCCAGUAGCCAGGACCAGGAGAACUGCAGGUUUUCCCUAACAUCAAUGCAGUCAUCUCAAAGCUUUGAUGCCUUGGAAGAAAUCGACAUGAUGCAUUGUCGAGACAUUGGUCGCCACACUGCCAACAACCCUAUAUUCUACUGUGGACCUGACAAAAACUGCCUUCCUGAUUCAACAAUGAAAAUGAAGGAGGUCACAACACUAAGCAAUGAACAGACCAACCAUGCCAAGAAAGCGGACCAGGCAAGGAGAGGUAAACGGCAGCCCUUUGCAGAUGUAGCCAGUGAGAAGAUAAACAAAGAAACGACCCCGCUUCUGUACCACCUCACCGGAGCCAGUAGGGCAGCGUUACAGCCAAAAAAGGCUGUUGAUUUCAGUACAAAAGACAAGGACACCAUUCAAAACAAAACAGGACAUGGCGAUGGGGUGGUUAUCGAUAAUGAGAGACAUCCAAAAAGUGACAAAAGCAAGAAUGAUAAUAAAGGGGAUAUUGUCUCUAGUGCCUGUAACACCUUGGACGACUCAUUUAAAAAGUACUACAAAGAGAAGCUGAAAGAUGCCCAAUCCAAAGUCCUAAGAGAGACUUCAUUUAAAAGGAGGGACUUGCAACUGUCAUGGCCACACCGCUUGAGGCAAAAUCUUGAGUUGAGGCCUACUGUGAUCCACACUUUCUCCUCCUCGCAGGACUCUGACACCUCCACAGACACGAUCACUCCCUCAUUGACCUCUGAGGGGACAGAGAAAAGUAGCAUAAAAGAAGAAAUCAGUGAGAAUCACAAGGAGAUGGAUAAAGAGACUGAAAAGGAAAAUGGAAAGCCAGCAAAUGUUGCCCAGCCUCAGGUAGCACGCAUCGGAGGCAGAAGGCGCUUGACUCCUGAGCAGAAGAAGAUGUGCUACUCUGAACCAGAUAAACUCAACCAGCUUGGUAGUGCCCCGGUCCACUCUGCUUGCCGCUCCUUUGGCAACGAAAGUGAUAACGUAUUUGAUGUUGAAUGCGAGGAAGAGGAGCUUGUACAUCAGGGGGAGCAGGGACUGGUCGCAGCACGUAGGAAGAUUUUUGAGACGAGGAGUCGAGCCCUUUCAGCCUCUAGUGCUUCAAAGACGAACCUAAAACAUCUGCAACAAAAGGCCCUGGUGGAGUACAUGGAGCGCAAGACAGGUCAGAAAGUGGCAGAACCACAGCAACCAGCACCUCAGUUCACAACCCCAUCAAGACAGCGGCAUUCUCUAGGGGAGAAGCCAUUUGACUGGGGUGCAAAACCUCUAUCAGGAAACCAGGACGGUAAAAACAUUAAGAAGAAACUUCACAGACCCCACUCUGCAGGACGAAUCCUUGACUCCUCCACCAGCUCAAUCAGGUAUGCCCAGUUUUUCUCAGCUCAGUCUUGUUCAGGCCAAUAUGCUGGCCAGUCUAAUCAACCAAGAUGGAGGGAGAGCCAUGGUCCAUCUCAGGGGAAGUCUGCCUCAGUGGAGAGUCUCUUAGACCAGCCUGAAGUGCCUAGUUUCAUCAGGAACAGAUCCAAAUCCACACCACAUGCAUUUCAGGCACUCGAGAAGGAUCUGUUACCUGUUAAUGCUAUGGAAACCUGGAGUCCCCAGAAAAACAAUACAGAGGAUUCCUUAACAAAGCCAUUACCUGAGGACCAAAAGCGUGUCCGUGUGGUUGCACAGAGGGGGAAGUCCAUGGAAGAGCUCGGGGCCUCAAAGUUAACAAGAUUGUCAGCUUUGAGUAAAAGUUCUGAGCAGCUGGAUCAAAUAUCGAGACAUUUGACUGGACCAGGAGGACAGAACAGACACAAAAGGAGUGUUUCAUUCUUUGCUGAAGUCAGAGAGCCCCAGGGACAGGACGAAGGGAGGAAGAAGCAAAAUGUAACGGAGCAAGCUGAAGAGAUGGAGGGUCUGGAGAAGAAAACUCAGGGGCAGACACAAACUCCAACCCAGAAAAAGUCUAUGUUGAAGCAGAACUCGGAACCAGAGCAAGAUGCCUCAGCAGGAACAAGGAACUCUAGUAGAUCCACCUCCCCGGCCUCCCGCUCUUCUUCCCGGGCCAGGGUUCACUCAGGAUCUCCUGGUUUCCACGGUCCUGUCACAGAUGAGUUCAAAUCCAGCAGGCCACCCAGUGAGACUUCAUCUAACCCACCUUCCCCCAGAGGUCCAGAUACCUGCGAGGGGGAGAUGAAAUUCACCUUGUCCACCCCCACCCAGACAAAGCUUUCUUAUGAAACCAGGCCUAGCUCCAGAGUCCGGACCUCUCCUCCUUCUCUGGCCGGAUCAGAGAGAGAGCAGUCAGUGGACGAACCCAGCAAUGAAACCCUAACAGCUGAGUCAAACCAUGAAGUCUCUCUAAGCUGCGGCGUCACCACAGAUCCAUCGCUGUGGACUGUCCCCUCGGAAGAUGAGAUCAAAGACGAAGUCCAAAUCUUACAGCUGACAGACAACGUUUUUGAAGAGGAGUCCACCACGUCAGCCCCCCCAACAGAGACAAGUAAUACCUCUGUGUCUCUGUCCACCUCCGUCUCAGACACAGAUGUCAGUCAGCAGGUGGAGGAGGAGAAAAAUUCAGAAACAGAAGAUGAGGAGCCCAAAGAGAACCAGGAGCUGGAGGAGAGGGGGACACCAGAGGGCGAGACUGAAAACCAAGAGAGGCCCACUGAGCGACCUAAGUGGGAGGAGCUCGUAGAAGUAGUGGUGAAUGCCGACCAAUCACUGGCCAGAGUGCUUUAUCCACUUACAAAUCGUAAGACAGCGCUGAUGCUGAUGGAGCAGCUGCUAUCAGAGGACACGCUGCUGAUGGAGGAGCACUACAAGAAGAAACAGGAGCAGAGGGAAGGCUGUGAAAGUGCCGAAACAGUUAAAGGGACUGUACCUCCUCCUUGUCCUUCUGCUCCACACAGCUCCACAUCUCAGAGUACAGACCUGCAGAGCAAAGAUGACAUCACUGAGAAGAAGCAGCAGUUGGUGAACCAUAUUGAGGCACGUCUAAAAUCACUGGAAGAGACCCGUGACACCCUCCAGAUAGAAAUUCAGGACAAUGUGGCCCACGGCGAGACCCUGGAGGUUCUUGUCCGUGAGUGCUGUGUGCCUGUGGAGCAGGAAAGGUACGACCUCUUCAUAGGAGACUUGGAGAGGGUGGUCAACCUGCUGCUGUGCCUCUCUGCCCGGCUGGCCAGGGUACAGAACGCCCUGAGCACAGUGGACCAACACACCGAUGCUGAGGAGAAGCAAUCCCUGGACAGUCGCCAUCGUCUGCUGUGCAAACAGAGGGAGGACGCCAAAGACCUGAAAGAUAACCUGGACCGGAGAGAGAACCUGGUCUCCACCUUCCUCUCUCGCCAGCUGUCGGCCGAGCAGCUGCAGGACUACCGGCGCUUUGUCCAGACCAAGGCGUCACUGCUCAUCCGGCAGAAGGACCUGGAGGAGAAGCAGAGGCUGGGAGAGGAGCAGCUGGAGGCGCUUUCCAACAGUCUGAAUGUGUGAGGAAGGAGGAGGGACAAUGAAAGCACUGAUUACUCCUUUCUUUUUAUAACUUGCCCUGAUGGAGGGAUGAAUGGUUCAAAAGGACAUGCAGAGGAGUUUGGAUGUACAUGUAGACAGUAGUCCAGCAGGUAUCUCCAACCCUUUGCACCGGGUCUUUUGUGCUUAAGAAGAGUUUGACUGGCUAUCGGAAGACCCAUCUUGCUAUCUGCAUUCCUCUCAUAACGCAAUGUCGAACAAGAUAUGAACAAUCAAGACUAUAAAGACUGAAGCUCCUUGCCUUUUUUGUCUCCUACUGAGCAUGCCCAGAUUGCUCAUCUAAUCACCGCCCAUUGUCUUUCGCACAGUCUUCAAGACCUUUACCAAUAUUUUGGACAUGUUUGUAUUGACUUAAAGCAGACGAAUGACAUUUCUUUCCGUGUGCCUUGAUAUCUGCGGAUUGUUUUCCAUUAGUGCUGCUGGUUGGAAACUUUGCGUCCCUUGUUAGCUCCAGCUACUGUCCUCAACUUUUUCAGACGAUAGUUGUUGAAAGCCCUGUAUCUGCACCUGAGGAAACCUUCUAUGAGCUUUAAGAUUGUAUUUUGACCAGUGAGAAGGCUUCAGUUAAAGUGGGUAGCCUGAGAGUGGGCAGUGUACUGUAUCAUGUCAGUGAAAAAUGUACUAUAGAUGUAGUUUAUUUUAAUCUUCUUUUUUAAUGUACUUUAAGAAGAUGUUUCAAAUGAAGGCACUAAAAACCAAAAAGGGUGAAUGAAAAAAAAAGCACUUUGUACUGAUAUGUGAAUGCACAUUUCAUCAAAAUCCGAUUUGUUUCUGCAUAAUCUCAAGUGAAAGCCUUACUCCAUCCAUUCAAACAAUAUUUCCACUUUACUUCUUUCUCUUGGUUUCUUGUUAUAAUGUUGAAUAGGAAUGUUGUAAUAGUGUUCUGAAAAGGUACAUGAGUACACCCCAGCAACAUUAAGGAAUGUGUACAAAUUCUUCUCCAGCUUAUUUCAUGCUUAAUGUUAUUAAGUCUUGAUGAUUUCAUGCUGGAACGGUUCCUCAUACGGAGGCAGUAAACCUCUUUAAAGCAGAUUAUAAGUAAGCAACAAUUAUUUCCUUCCAAUGUCUCUUUGUCGCAGGAGUGACACGUGAUACUUGAAAUACUUUUUAAAGAAGUCCACAAUCUUCACUUCAGGUGUCUUAAACUAAAAUUCUAUUCUCUACCUCCACUGUUUUUCCCCUCUUUAGACACAUGUAACCUUCAGGUUUAUUUAAAUGAACACUCUGAAUCAAGUUACUUUCCCCUCAUUCUGUCAAGAAUAUCACUUUUUAAAAACUGCUAUACGUCAUUAGCUUCUGUGGUUGUAUUCAUUUCUAUCUAUGGACUUUUUGAACCAUCAGAGUUGUUUUUAGAGGUGUGUGAAGUGUUCCUCUACAUGUGCGGUUUGUGUGUCUUUGCUUGGAAUCAUGAAUGUCUUCACUUUGUGUGUGUAGAGAUUAGUCACAGGAAAGACAGAACUCCUCUUGGUGUUUGCUGUGUAUGAUUUUUUUUUUUUUUAAACUCAUUGUAAGUCUUUAAGUGAUCAAAAUCCUCCCUCAGGAAAACACACCUGUUGGAUUUACUAAAAAAAAAAAAACAGAUCAAGCGUUUGGGUUGCAUGUUGUUUUAAUGAUAUUUAAAUGAUUGUGACCUCAAAGAGGUAAAGUGUCAUCAACAGAUAUAACACACUCAAAAAUAAAAAUACAUCAGUAACUUGUCAACAAUGUUAAAAAAUAAAAAUAAAUAAAUAAAAAUAAACAACUAAAACCUGUUUUUCCACAGACACUAGAAACCCCUCUACACCUUCACCCCUAAAGCAUUUCUUUGGAGAUUUAGGUCCGGCCUGUUUCAGUUUGCUAAACAAAUGUAUGUUUGUUUUGGCUUUAGUGCUGACGCAGGGCUGAAGGGUUAGAAAGACUCAUGUUGUUUCCUGAAGCCUGCAGGAAUUCCUGAAGUAUGCAAAAGACAGACUUUUUUUGGAAUAAGAAAGAAAGACUGGGGAAGAAAGUGUGAGGGAAAAGCUCCCACAAAAGGAGCAGCACAUGGAGAAGUAAUCCUUUUAGUUCUUGCUGCGUGUGCAUGCAUACUAACAAAUGUUUGACAAAUUCCCGAGUCAUUUCUCAUUUCUGUCUUUCAAUCAAAGCAGUGCUUUGUCAUGGUCGCCGUUUAUUUUUUAAAUUGGAUAUUUGUUUAUGUGGGCUGUUUGUUGUUUGUUUCAAGAACUGGAUGCAGUGCAACAUUAAUACGAGCAGAACUUGUUUUAAAACCGUGAUGGAAGCCACAUUUUCAGCUAUAUUUCCGUGACUUUUGAGAGUGUGAGUUGUUUUUUUUGUGCCUGUUUGGAGUUAUAAAUUCCAUGAUGUUUGUAAUAUUGUGAAUAAAUUAAGCUCUCCCUCUCU